UAAAGUGCUUGGACUCAAGUUAGCGAGAGACAAGUGGAGCGGAAGUGACGUCCGCAGAUGCGCUCUCACUCUGUAUUGAACCCUUGGUGAUAAAGAGCGUCAUUCAGUUGUGUUUAAGAGCGAUUUGUUAGAUCCCAUCAUGCCUGAGCGCGAAUCUGAUGUGUACUCGAAUCCUCUGGCUCCAGACGGCCAUGAGGUGGAGGACCAUCGGUCAGCGCUGCAAUCCAAGCUGACCAAUGAUGACUUCAGGAAGCUUCUGAUGACCCCUAGAGCCACCCCGUCCUCAGCGCCACCCUCCAAAUCACGACAUCAUGAGAUGCCACGGGAAUAUAAUGAGGAUGAGGAUCCUGCAGCGCGAAGACGGAAAAAGAAAAGUUACUACGCUAAACUGCGGCAGCAGGAGAUGGAGAGAGAGCGUGAGUUGGCAGAAAAAUAUCGUGAUCGUGCUCGAGAGAGACGUGAUGGCGUUAAUAAAGAUUAUGAGGAGACGGAGCUCAUUAGCACCACUGCCAACUACAGAGCCGUGGGGCCCACCGCAGAAGCGGACAAAUCUGCGGCGGAGAAGAGGCGUCAGUUGAUCCAGGAGUCCAAGUUCUUGGGUGGUGAUAUGGAGCACACUCACUUGGUGAAGGGUUUGGAUUUUGCACUGCUGCAGAAGGUCAGAGCUGAAAUCACUAGUAAGGAGAGAGAAGAGGAAGACAUGAUUGAAAAAGUGCAAAAAGAAGUCAAGAAAGAUGAAGAUCCAGAGCAGAAGAUUGAGUUCAAGACUCGUCUGGGAAGGAACAUUUACCGCAUCCUGUUCAAAGGUCGUCAGAUGGAGCGAAACGAGCUGUUCCUACCAGGUCGUAUGGCGUAUGUGGUGGAUCUUGAGGAUGAGUAUGCAGACACGGACAUCCCAACCACCCUCAUCCGCAGCAAAGCUGACUGCCCCACCAUGGAGGCUCAGACGACGCUCACCACCAAUGACAUCGUCAUCAGCAAACUGACGCAGAUCCUGUCAUAUCUGAGGCAGGGCACACGCAACAAAAAACUCAAGAAGAAGGACAAAGGGCGUUUGGAUGAGAAGAAAGCCCCAGAUGCAGACCUGAACAUUUUUGAUGACAUCGGAGACUACAUCCCCUCUACCUCCAAAAGUAGCAGAGACAAAGAGAAGGAGCGCUACCGUGAAAAAGAGAGGGAGAGAGAGAAGGAUCGUGAGCGGGAGAAGGAGAGAGAGAGAGAUGAAGAGAAAAGACGACACAAUUACUUUGAGAAGCCUCAAGCUGAUGAGGAGGCCAUGGACAUUGAUAAAGGUCCAGGCUCCAUGAAGGACCAGAUCAAGUUGAUCAAUGAGAAGUUUGCUGGAACCGCUCAGUGGCAGGGACAGGAACCUGGAAACAGACGUGAGGAAAAGAAACAUCUUGGAGAUUUCUUUGGGAUGUCAAACAGUUAUGCUGAAUGCUACCCUGCCACAAUGGAUGAUCUUGCUGUGGACAGUGAUGAAGAGGUGGACUACAGCAAGAUGGACCAAGGUAAUAAGAAGGGUCCUCUGGGCCGCUGGGACUUUGACACUCAAGAGGAGUACAGCGACUACAUGAACAACAAGGAGGCGCUGCCAAAGGCUGCCUUCCAGUACGGUAUCAAAAUGUCAGAAGGCAGAAAGACUCGACGCUUUAAAGAGACCAAUGAGAAGGCCGAAUUAGACCGUCAAUGGAAGAAAAUCAGCGCUAUCAUUGAGAAGAGGAAGAAGAUGGAGGCAGAUGGGGUGGAUGUCAAACGGCCAAAAUAUUAAAGCUCAAUUUCAUCAUUACGCUGCAUGUAUAUGAUGUGUAUUGUGUGUGUGUGUGUGUGUGUGUAUAUAUAUAUAAAACAGUAAUGAGUUAUCGUAUUAGUUAUGAGUCAUAGUAUUGUGAUUGCAUUUGAUUGAUUGAAAUACUUUAUUAAACAGAGUCUUUGUUUUUUUCAUGGUAAAAUGUGACAUCAGGCUGUGGCUUGUACACUAAUUUGAAAGCCCAAAAUAACCCCAUUGUCUGUUUCUGUUCCAUCUGAACUGUGGCUUUAUUUCAUUUUAUAUUCUCUAAAUAACCAAAAAAGUAUUACUGGUACCAUAUUCUUUUAGUAUUCAAAGAGCUCUUGUAUGUAUAAUCGGUGAUUCCAGGCCAGGAGUAUUUCUUUGAAAUAUGGUGAUUUUGUUUGCUUUGCUUAUUAGAAACAGAAACAUUCAACUUGUUUAAGUGUUGUGGAUUUGUGGCUUGUCUGUGGUAUUUCAUACUUGAGCUUUGAUGAUAAUUGAAUGCCUUUAUAAAAGACUGCAAAGUACUUUUGUUAAAGCUAAAGUGUGUGAUUUCUGCACCACUAGUGCCACUUAAUGUAAUUGGAAAAAAUAAACAUUUUCAAAGAG